UCCAUAAUAGGCGCGCUCUCCAGAGCGGCGCUAAUAAAUAAUACGACAGUACCCACGCGUUAGUCAGUUUAUUUCUAGUUUAGCAGUGUCGGUGCUUUAUUCAUCAUGGAGUUCAGCUGGAUAUUUACUUCAAUUGGGUUCGUUCUGGCGAUGGACAGGGCACAGGCUGCAUGCGACCAGAGCGAAGCGACGAAUAACUGUAUGGCCGGUUUCACCACAUAUAUCACCCAGGCAAUGAGUUCCGUGUCGGAUCCCAACCAGAUGGCCACCGUCUUUUGUUCGGAAGAGGGACAGAGCGUACUUGCAUGCAUGUACUCUAUAGUGGAGCAGUGUCCGGAACUCAUUUCGAGUAUGGGGGAAGGUGUAAUGCCCUCUCAGGAGGAAAUUCAAAGGACAUGCACACAGAUUCCUUCCGGCCCUUGCAUGACAGCGAUGACAUGCAUAGCCAGCGCUUCUCAGACGUCCAAUAUGGGCUUUGACGAAAGCUUUAGAGCCACUAACAAUCUGACCUUCCUUAUUCCGCUUAUGGGAAUGUCCUGUGGUCCAAUGAAGGAGCAGUUCAACUGUUUGACACCGGAAGUGGAGGAACAGUGUACAGAAAUCACUGACCAGAUAAAGCAAAUGAUCCCCAUGAUUAACACCGGCAUGCCGGAUGGUCUCGUCUUUCCCGAGUACGACGUCCUGAAAGCGUUCAUCAGAACCGGAUGCACAGACGUCCCUGAAGAUAUGGCUACCAACACGUGUGUGCAAGACAAUUUGGAGUCGACGGCAUUUAAGGAGUGUAUGUGGAAAGCGACAACCGACUUCAAAACUCCAAUGGAAAUGAAGAGCUGCGGGGCCACGGAUGCCCGGCUCAUGUGCCUAAACAAAUCCGUCGGGAAGCAAUGUGGCAAGAACUAUUACACCGCCCUGGCCACCAAAGGAGACCACUUUCUCACGAUGGACCUCUUCACGUGUGACCGGGCCAUGGGCGCCGCCCCGGUGGUCAGUCUGUCUGCCGCGGCAUCGCUUGUAGCUGUAGUUGCAGCCCUUUUAUUGCAUUUUUAAUUGUGUAUUUUUAUGUUUGAUUACAAAAUUGUAUCUGUACUCAACAGUUUUGAAAUCUGACUAAAGACUAUGAUAUAGCUUAAUCUGUAUAACAUUAAUGACGAUGUGGUUUAUAAGAUAAAUGACGAAGUGGUAUAUAAGAUAAAUGACGAUGUGGUAUAUAAGAUGAAUGACGAUGUGGUAUAUAAGAUGAAUGACGAUGUGGUAUAUAAGAUGAAUGACGAUGUGGUAUAUAAGAUGAAUGACGAUGUGGUAUAUAAGAUAAAUGACGAAGUGGUAUAUAAGAUGAAUGACGAUGUGGUGUAUAAGAUUAAUGGCGCUGUGGUAUGAAUCAGAGUGAACAGUUUUUCGUUUAGAUCUUGAAACGUUCUAAUUUCGACUAGUUGAUUCUAAGGAUACUAUUAUGCAUAUUUGUAACUGUUCAUGUACUCUUUCACUUUAUAGUAUAGUAUAAGUAUAUAACACUUGUGAAAAUUGUUAAAAUGUUAUAUUCAAUUUGUUUGUCGUCUACAAUAUGAUAUGUAUCUUUUUUAUAUAUCUAUCUGAUUGAUACAUGCAUACCGGAAGUGAUGUCUUGCAAAACAUAAUGUUCUGUUGCGGAAUGAGAACAAAACAUAUCUUAGUUGCAUUCAAACUUUGAACACAAAACAUACAUUGGCGCUAAGCAAUUGUUUUACAGAGCUUAGUUUUUUGAACGAAUUUCCGCUAAAGCUUAGAAUUUUAUUUUUUUCUUGUUUCUGUUUUCAUUGCCCAGAUUUUCAAUCAUACAAACAUAUAUAUAUGUUUGUAUGAUUGAAAAUAUAUAUAUAUAUAUAUAUAUAUAUAUAUAUAUAUAUAUAUAUAUAUAUAUGUGUGUGUGUGUGUGUGUGUGUGUAUGUAUAUAACAUAUAUACAUUUAUCCUGCAUUACAAAGUGUUAAACCAAAAAUAUCCAUGUAAACAAGUGCAUAUUGAUCUAAAUCUUUGUUUAUCAAAACCGAUUUGGAACUAUUUUUCUACAACAUCAAAAAAAAGUAGAUUUUUUUGAGAAUUGGUGUGUAGUUUAUGCAAUCUAUUUGAUAUACUUUCUUUCUUUGUUCGCAUUAAGCAAACACUACUUCAUUGAACAUACAUGUGGUGAAUAAUCUGAAUUCAGUCAUAAACGUUUGCGAAAAAUGAUAUUUCCAAAACACUGAUGUUUGAGUCUAUGUUCAUUAAACACAAGUCACAUGACAUGUAUGCAACACUAUUGUACGUGUAUAGCUUGUCAUUUUAAAUUAGUUAUAUUUUCACUGAAAAUAAUUUUUCGAAGACAUUCAAACCUAAUGCUGAUCUAAGCUGUCGAAAACUGUAUUGAAGUCUGAAAACGUAUCAGGCCGUUUAAAUCGUUUCCGUUUACAAAAUUAACAGCUUCUUGUUAAAUGCGAACAAUAUAAAUUAUAUGCUUUUUAAAAGCUUUGUUAAAUUUAUGUAAUGUUCAAAAUUUCCGUUUCUUUCUCAUUAUUGUUUUCUUUUUAUUGCUUAAAUACUGUAUAGAUUUAUCCCUUAUAUGGCCUUAAAUUAUUUCCUAUAGGGUAUUCGGGUUCGAUUCUUUAUAAAAUUCUACAAACUCUUUGAUACAUGCCUUGAUUUCAUUUUGAAAGUUGUUAUCUGCAAAGAAUGAAUUAUUCAAUUAAAAAAAACCUGGACCUGGAGAAUUUUCGUUUAAAUUAGGUUUUAAGCUUACUAGAGAAUGGCCAGAUUUAUACCGGGUUUUAAAUUGCAAGCGAUAACUUCAUUGAAGAAUUAAGUUGAUUCCAAACAAAUAAUGAAGGUGACAAAAACAUGUUGCUUUGCUGCUAGAGUACCUUCGUUUGUCUUUAUGUUUUAACGCACUAUAUACAAAAAGUAUCACAAUUUUCUAGUAUCAUAUGUAGCUGUCUGCUGCAAUUCUUUAACAGUAUUAAAAUAUUCCCAUUUCAAAAUAAGUUUAUCCUUGUAGAGGUUAAUAUUGUUUUCCAAUGAUUGUAAGAAUUCUACAUCAUCUAAUUUCGGACCAUACACUUAAAUAAAUAUCAUAAACAUA